AUGGCGUUCUUCACGUCCGAAGACCUGAAAAUCGCCUUCAACUUCUUCUGCACUGUGUAUGGCAUUGGCACGCUCGGUCUCCCGUCCAACUUUGCUCGCUCAGGGGCGACCCUCGCGACCGUUGCGCUCGUCUUCAUGGGCUUUGCCAACAUUUGCUCGUGCGUUGCGAUCUCGCGGGUCAUGUCGGCGGCCCCGAAGAACGUCAAGACCUACGGCGACGUGGGCGAGUGGUGUUGUGGCAAAGCGGGACGCUACGUGGUCCUCUUUGUCCAAUUUGGCGUCUGCUGUCUCGUGCCCUGCGCGUUCCUCGUGCUCGGGGGCAUUCUGCUCGACGGCAUCUCGCCUGGGGCAUUCGAUCAGCAGUACUGGAGCAUCCUCAUGGCUGUCAUGCUGCUGCCCGUUAUCCUAACGCCGACACUGAAGGAAGGAGCGGCUGCAGCGUUUGCGGGCUGCCUCGGGACGCUUCUGGCGGAUGCCAUUGCCCUGAGCGUCUUGGUCAAGGGCAUUGGCGCGGACCACCCCGCGGUGAUUCGCCCCGCGUUUGACUUUGGCCAGGUCGCUAGUUCCUUUGGGAACCUCGCGCUCGCGUAUUCCGCUGCAGUGCUCGUGCCAGCUCUUCAGCGAGAACACUCGCAGCCCGAGCGCAUGCCCCGCGUAGUGGCCACGACUAUGGUCUUCACGAGCUGCCUCUUCCUCACGAUCGGCUGGACGUCGUACGCGUUCGUGGGGUGCCAGAUUCCCGGGAAUUUGCUCUUUGCCAUUGGCGGCACAGCGCUCAAUUUGAAGGCAAACCGCGGGGCAGUCGUGCUCGCCUUUAUGUUCAUGCAGCUGCACAUUACGAUUGCCAUGUCCGUGAUCUUGAACCCCGUGCUGUACAUUGCUGAGCGCGGCAUCCUCGGUAUGCACAAGCGGCCUGCGCUCACUGACUUUGACGAAGAGUCUCCAGCGUUCGAGACGAUCGACACGCGGCCAAAGCCAAGCGCUUCAGUGAUCUCGUUGGCGAAUGCCGAGCACGUGCUAUCGGCCGAAGCGUUGCUGGACGAGUACCACAAUAGCGGACCUAUCGUGACGGCCAAGUACAUGACCCUCCGCAUUGUCGUUGUCGUGAUUCUGCUCGUGAUUGCCAUACUAUUCAAGGACCACUUUGUGGACUUUACCGACUUUGUCGGGGCCUGGGCGGUUUCGAUGGCCUGCAUCAUUCUCCCGAUCGUCUUCUACUUUAAGGUGUUCUGGUACCGCGUUCCGUUGUACGAGAAGGUCAUUGGCACCUUUAUCAUUGCCAUCUGCGCAAGUCUGGGCGGCUACGUGACGUUCACGACGGGGAAGUACCUCUUUUUGAACAUUGUGAGCGACAAGACGUUCAAGUACUGCCCAGCGGGCUACGACAUGGUCGUGUACACGAAUGAGACCUUUUACGGCCACAACUAG